AUGCGGCUGCACGCCUUCUUACUGGGAAGAGACGUUAUGACCACAUCACACCAGUUUUGGCAGACCUUCAUUGGCUUCCUGUCAGUUACAGGAUCCAGUUCAAAAACAACAGCACUGACGGUGAAAUUACUCACAAAGCGCUUCAUCAGUGAAUAUGACCCCUAUCUAGAGGACAUCUAUUCAUCAGUAGAGACAGUGGACCAGCAGUCAGUCACAGUGAGAGUGAUGGACACCCGCGACCAGGAGGGUCCAGUGAACAGUGAGCGUUAUCUGUCAUGGGCCAGUGCCUUCCUGGUGGUCUACAGUGUGGACAGCAUGCAGAGCUUUGCAGGCUGCCAGCCCUACCUGCAGACCCUCGCCCUGCACAACAAAACCCCCAUCAUCCUGCUGGGGAACAAGCUGGACAUGGACAGAUACAGGCAGGUGAGUCGCAGUGAGGGUGAGGGGCUCGCCUCUCUUUUCCACGCCACGUUCUUCGAGCUCUCGGCCUGUCAGGACUUCCUCUCUGUGCAGCACGUCUUCUACGAGGCAGUGAGGAGGGUGAGGCGCAGCCCCCUGGGGCCAGCCGUCUACCUGAGCGAGGACAAAGCGCUGCUGGGGGUCCCCUCCUUCCCCCCCCCCUGCUGCCGGGAGCUGCCAGCCACCGCCCGGCUGCUCACUGUGAAGAGCUCCAGAGCUCAGAGCAGACGCAGAGCCGCCACGCUCACCCUGCUCAAAGGCUUUAAGAUCUUCUGA